GAGGGGCUUCCGCUUUGCCAUUCGAGCCAGGAUUCGCUGCCUUCUGCUGCAGCGCCGAUCCCCUCAUGAAUACUGUACUUUCUCUAGGGCUUCGUCCCACAAUCCGGCUCUGGCAAUCUCUCUGUACCUCAACAUGUCCUCCUCUGACACUGCUCCAGACCUCAGGGAUACGUAA